UUAAGCUCGUAUACCCGAGUUGCUAAUAGAAUGGUCAGCAAUCAGUUAGAAUUAUUGAGUAUAUUACUGACGGAGUUGAUCUAGAUAGGUAGCACUGGGCCGGGCACCCCCCUAAAAAGAAAAGAAAAAAAAAAAAAAAAACUUAAAAUUCACGAAACCCAGGGCGAGAGUGUGACUGUGUGAGUGAAGAUGGCACCACUGAAAUCACUGGAACCGGAGUAUCCAAUAAUAGACGUCAAUUUCCAAAACUUUUGCGCUUCUCACGCCAUUUUCUCAGUGGAAGAUUUCGUUCUACAUGACCUCUAUCAGUUGGCUGCAUUUGCUGAGCAGCAGCCUACUUCAGAGAGAUUGAAGGAGGGAAUUACUCAAGUCCUCAAUAUAAUAGAUAAUCUGCAUCAACCAUGGUUGAAUGGGUUGGAGUUGUUGGAAGAUUCUCUGCAGAAUAAACAGGUUUUGUCAACUGGGUUUGAAGGGGUUGAUUUGCUUCUUCAAGGUGGAUUGCGUGAGGGACAAUUAACGGAAUUAGUUGGCCCAUCAUCAUCUGGUAAAACACAAUUUUGUCUUCAAACUGCCGCAAAUGUUGCAGUCAAGAAUAUGGGCUAUGUAGCAUACUUAGAUACAGGCAACUCUUUUUCACCUCAACGCAUUGCACACUUUGUGGGGCAGAUCUCUGAGUCUGCCUUUAACCAGACUAAACAAAAGAUCAUUCAAAAAGCAAUGAGUAGCAUUUUAUGUCACUCAGUGUUUGACAUCUUCUCUAUGUUUGAUGUGCUACGUCAGCUUGAGUUUGAUUUGAGAUCUCAGAUGGACAGAGGAGAGUAUCGGGUGCCAUUGCUUAUCGUUGAUUCAAUCUCAUCACUGAUUUCCCCAGUCCUUGGAGGCAGUGGUUCACAGGGACGGGCUUUGAUGAUAUCUGCUGGAUUUCUGCUAAAGAAGUUAGCCCAUGAGUAUAAUCUUGCAGUCCUGGUGACCAAUCACACAGUGGGUGGUGAGGGAGGUCUUGCUAAACCAGCGCUUGGAGAGAGUUGGAAGAGCGUCCCACAUGUGAGGCUGUUUCUCUCCCGUAACCGUGGAAGCAAUAUUUGCAAUAUGUCCAUUUUAAAACACCCAUCAAUGGCUUCUGGCAAGGUAGCAGACUUUCAGAUUGAGUUAUGACUAAUGACAUGUUUUAUAACCUGGACAUAAAGGUAUAAUAGGGAUAACAAUAGACAAUAGUGUUGUAAAAAUGAACUGUUUUGGUUUUUAUAC